CUUCCCAUUCCGAUUCCGAGUUGUGUAUCGCGAACAUCAAGAUUAUCUUAUCUCGACGGAGUGAGAAUCCUUUUGUCAACUUCAAUUAUUUACAUACGUAUCUUGUGUACAAUAAUUUGACUCAAAUUAGAUUUGCAUAGAAUAAAAUACUUAUUAUCAAUAAAAUUCGAUUACAAAAUUUUUACAAAAGACUGUCAAAUAAUAUUGUGCAGAAAUAUUUGGGACGAUACAUAAUAAAAACACACAUACAUACGUAUAAGUACAUACAUAUGCAUAUUUGCAUACACACAUAACACAUACUUGCAUAGUGGUUUUUGAUGGCUGUGCGAUUGACAAGUGGCUGACAAGUUGACAACCUGACGAUAUGAAUAGCACGCUAACUGCCAAUAAUCAUCUCGAGUCACAACCAACACCCAGCUCGGAUGAGGGUGAAAAAUCUGAAAAAUGUCCCGUCUGUCAAGAAAAUGCAGACAAAAUAUGCUCAGGUUGCUCAUCCGUCUUUUACUGCUCCACCAUUCAUCAGAAAGAGCAUUGGAAAAAUCAUAAAGAAUCCUGUCGUCCCUAUGUAAUAAAGAAAAAUGAAGUUUAUGGCAGGUAUUUAGUCGCUGCGAGGGAUUUACCCCAAGGAACAAUUGUACUGACUGAAAGUCCCCUCGUCGUUGGACCAAAAAGGACUACAUAUCCGGUCUGCCUGGGAUGCCACCAGCGAGUGGACUGUAGUUACCACUGUUCCAAAUGUGGGUUUCCAGUUUGCAAUGAGAGUUGUGAAAAUAAUCCAAAUCAUUCUGAAAACGAGUGCCCCAUUUUCCAGAAGGGCCAUUCCAUCGGAUCUCGCAUUACAGACCCUACCUCAUGCCAUCCCGCCUAUGAGGCGGUGACCCCACUUCGAUGCAUUCUCCUGAGAAGUCGAGACCCUGCAAAAUGGGCUAGGUUAAAUACGAUGGAACAUCACAAUGAAUACCGUAGCACCUUAACCACUCUGUGGAACAGGAAUGAGGUCAACACGCUUAAACUUAUCCGAGAGUGGUACAAAAUGAAGGACGAGUACGACGCCGAAACUAUUCACACUUGUAUUGGAUUUGUAGAUGUGAACUGUUUUGAGAUCAAGUAUCAAAAUAUUGAAAUUUGCGGUCUGUAUCCAGAAACCUCUCUCAUGGGACAUGACUGUGUCCCAAACACGGUACACGCCACUACCACGGGCCCCAGCUUUCGUAUGAUUGUUCGGACUUCUCUUCCAAUUCGAAAAGGGGAAAUUAUCUCUACAUCGUACGUAGACGCAUUAAAAACGACCACCAGGCGAAGAAAAUUUCUAAAGAAUACCAAGUAUUUUGACUGUUUCUGCCCAAGGUGUAAAGAUCCCACAGAAUUUGGCACUUUUUUAUCUGCCAUGAAAUGCGGACAAUGUUCAAGUGGAUAUUUAUUACCAAAAAAUCCUGUCGAAAUUUCGGGAUCUUCGCCAGAUCUGGACCAGGUUCUGUGGUACUGCACUUCCUCAUCUUGCAGUAAUUCGGUCAAAUAUGGAAAACUUGCAUCAAUUUUAAACAAAGUUGAGAAAGAGAUUGAGUCGGCGGAUAGCUGUGGCGUGGGUUCAAGAAUUUCUAGGUUGGAGCGGAUGCUUAAAAAAUUCAGUGGUAAAGUUCUACAUCCAAAUCAUGCCUUGAUGUUGGGCUUAAUGAAAACGUUGACCAGAGCAUAUUUAAAUGAGUGGAAUGGAAACGAGCUGGAAAUCAAGAUGGAAAUGAUGGAAAUGCUACAGAGGAAGAAAGAGCUUUGUUUACAGUUGUUGCAUGUCCUGGAUUUGGUUGACCCUGGAUUGAGCAGGCCCAGAGGAGUCACGCUCUAUCAAUUAUUUACUGCAGAGUUGCCCAUCGCAAGGAUUCAAUUGUCUCAAGGUGAAAUUACGGGGGAUGAUUUUAUCGCUAAAGUAGACGAAAUUCUGGAAUACCUCACAACCACAAAAACAAUUUUGGACUUGGACAGAUUAAUCGUGGACUACCCCACGCUCGCUUUGUCCGUCGAUAAAGCGAUCGAUACAAUGUAUGAGGAAAAGUCUAGAGUGCAGGAAUUGCUGAAAUGAUAACAUAUUAAUUCAUUUGUUUCUCUUAAUGCUUAUAUAUUUUCUACCAAUCGGUUUGUCUCAUGCAAUAAACUUCCUUAUGUACGCUCAUUCA